GGGAGCUCGCCGCAGCCGCCGCCGCUUCGGAGCUGUGGCAGCGCAGCCGGACCCCGCGGCCCGCCUUGAGCGCGGCGGUGGGGAGCGCCUCCGCCACCGGCCAUGGAGCUCUCUCUGCGGCUGCUCCUGGCAUCCUGCCUCUCCCUGGGGGCGGCCGGCGAGUUUGACAGGAGGUGGCCCAGACAAAUGGUCUCCUCCACAGGACUGUGUCGGUUUGGGAGUAGAAUUGACUGUUGCUGGGGCUGGGCCCGGUUGUCCUGGGGACAAUGCCAACCGUUCUACGUCUUAAGGCAGAGAAUAGCCAGCCUAAGGUGCCAGCCCAAAGCUAUAUGCCAGCCGGGAUGCAAACAUGGUGAAUGUGUUGGGCCAAACAAGUGCAAGUGCCACCCGGGAUACACUGGAAAAACCUGCAACCAAGAUGAGCAGCUGUAUACAAGUCCACCUGGUCACAGCAGUGAAGCACGUCUGUUCCGCCCCCUGGAUCAUCAUGCAAGAAAUAUAGGAUCAAGGGAUCUAAAUGAGUGUGGACUAAAGCCGCGGCCAUGCAAACACCGGUGUAUGAAUACCUACGGCAGCUACAAGUGCUACUGUCUGAACGGCUACAUGCUUAUGCCAGAUGGAACGUGCUCGAAUGCCCUUUCUUGCUUGAUGGCAAACUGUCAGUAUGGCUGUGAUGUGCUGAAAGGGGAAGUGCGCUGCCGCUGUCCGUCUCCAGGACUACAGCUAGGGCCUGAUGGCAGGACUUGCAUAGAUAUUGAUGAAUGUGCUACUGGGAGAGUCAUCUGUCCACAAUUUAGGCACUGCGUCAAUACUUUUGGAAGCUACAUUUGCAGGUGUUACAAAGGCUUUGAUCUAAUGUACAUCGGAGGCAAAUACCAGUGCCAUGAUAUAGAUGAAUGUUCCCUUGGCCUCCAUCAGUGUGGUAGUUUUUCACGAUGUUACAAUAUCCCAGGAUCCUACAAAUGCAAGUGUAAAGAAGGGUACAGAGACAACGGAACAAACUGCAUACUUAUUCCUAAUGUUAUGAUUGAACCACUUGAUCCAUAUCAUAUAAUCAAGGGCAACAGCACACUCCUUAAGGGAGACAAUGGUAUAACCAAUAGGAUUCCUGAUGUUGGAGGCACAAGGCAACCCCUCAGACCACCAUAUGUACCUGCUGUUGUUACAGAAAGACCGGUGAUCAGACCAACGACUCAACCUACAGCCAGGCCAACGACUCGACCUACAGCCAGGCCAACGACUCGACCGACACCCAGGCCGACGACUCGACCUACACCCAGGCCUACGACUCGACCUACACCCAGGCCAACAACUCAACCUACACCCAGGCCAACAACUCGACCUACACCCAGGCCAACAACUCGACCUACACCCAGGCCAACAACUCGACCGACACCCAGGCCAACCACUAAGUAUGUGCCGGUGACAAUAAGGCCAGUGACAAGGCCUCCACCUCCAACACCACCUCAACCUACAACAUUAAGACCUACACUACCACCACAAACAACUCCCCUGAUAACAACUGAAGAGCCUUCCCAUAUUCCCGUUGAAACUACAUCUUCCCAAGGAAUUACAGAUGACAACAGGAUCCAGGUAGAUCCCCAGAAACCCCGAGGAGAUGUGUUCAUUCCACGCCAGCCUGGAGUGAGCAAUAAUCUGUUUGAAAUACUUGAAAUUGAAAGAGGAAUUACUGCCGAUGAAUUUGAAGCAAAUGAUGACCCAGGUGUGCUGGUACACAGCUGUAAUUUUGACAGUGGACUGUGUGGAUGGAUCAGGGAUAAAGAGGAUGAUUUGCACUGGGAGCCAGUGAGAGAUGCAUCAGGGGGGCAGUACCUUACCAUCUCUGACCCCAAAGGCAAAGAAGGAAAAGUAGCGCGUCUUAUCCUGCCAUUGGGCCACAUGGCUCAGGCUGGUGACCUGUGCCUGUCAUUCCGGCAUAAAGUGCCUGGGCUGCAUUCUGGCACGCUCCAAGUCUUUGUAAGGAAAAACGGUGCUCACGGACCAGCUGUGUGGGGAAGGAAUGGUGGCCAUGGCUGGAGACAGACACACAUAACUUUACGAGAACAAGGCAUCAAGAGUGUUAUCUUCAAAGGGGAGAAGGGAGAAGGAAGAAUUGGGGAUAUUGGACUAGAUGAUGUGGUCUUGAGGAGAGGACGCUGCUCUGAAGAUCAUUAGCAAAGACAAUGGACCAGCACAGUCAUUCUCCUCUAGCCCUUCUCAUGCUAUUCCUACCAGGCUUUGAAACAGAACUGCAUGAAAGAGAAGAAAAAGUUGAAGAGUUGACAACUUCGCAGUGGUCUACUAAGUGCAAUCUCACUGAAAAACAUGGAGGAGCAUCUCCAAGGAUUCAGGAACUCUAAUCCCAUGCUGGUUGUUUCUAUUAUUCCUUACCCCUAAAUCAUAUUUUAUAUGUAAUAACCUUAUCACCUGUUAGGCCUGGUGAGCGCUCACGCAAAGAGCACUUGUGAAAAAGGGAGAAUUACAAAUGGUGGCAAAAGAAAGCUCCUGCUCAGCAAGUUUUAGUGUUAACUGAUAGUUUUUAUCUUCCCAUUGUGCUGCUCUUUCAUUGAUUAGAUUUGGCACAGUGGGAUUGAUCUAGCUUCAGAGUCACCUCAGAUUAAUGGGAGCCUGGACCUGAACUUUGGCUUACUGCCACCAACCUUUGAAGAAGGGUUUGCUUCAUAUUUAAUAUUAAGCAUAUAUUUUGGUGUUGAAUCGGUAUUAACAAGAAGCAGUUAUAGAGAGUAGGCUCUGCCUCGUGUAAUAUUGCUACGCUGUGUUUUGUGUAUAUGUGUAUGGUUAUAACAUAUUUAUGGUUUUAAUAUUCACAGACUCUAGUUGCAAGGUAAUUGGCAGCUGUGCUUUCUUAUUGUACAAGACAGGAGCUCAGCAUGUUCUUUGAUCGCGCUGGUCAUGCCAAUAGUUACGUUACCAAAGUCAGUUAAUGGUGCUCAUUGAAAAACGCUGGUGCAGUUUUUCACGUUGUAAUAUGCUGAAGGCAAAAUGCCCAAAACCCUUAGAUGUAAACCAGCAUCUGGUUAAUGCUGUACAGGUUUGUAUUUAGCUCAGGAGCAAGUCCCAAAGGGCUCUCAAUCCUGCAAGAAACUCCUGGUUCAGUUGAAAACUGAGCAGCCUGGAGAAGAUAAGGUGCUGUGGCUUGUAAGUCUGAGCCCAUUGACCCCACCAGAAAUGUUCCCUUCCCACAGGUGACACAAGCCAAAAGGGCAGCCACAUGAACAAACACUCCGUGUACAAUUCAGACAAUGAAAUGCCUUCAGUGAUCUUUGUUAAACGUCCAUAUUCCACCCAACCCUUCUGUACAUAAUAAACACUUUAUUCAUUAGAACUAGAAUAGCUAUUAGGCCUAGCUGGGACUAAAUAUUUAUCAGAACUUUGGACUAAUUUUUUAGUUAUGUAUCAUGCAUGUGGUGUGCAGUUUCCCAGGGAAUUCUGCUGUUUGGAUUGGGAUAUUUUUUAAAUGAAGAUCAUCACCAUCAGCCAUUGCUGCUAACAACUGAAAUUUGACAAAGAAAUUGUAACAUUGAAGAAAAUGACAGGAGAUUAAACAACAUUUUAUCAGUGGUGCAGCCUUAAAGCUUCAGAACUAGAUGAUCUUAAGGUUCUUCCCAACCCUGACUAUUCUAUGAUUCAUAAUGUAUAUAUAGAAGGAAUGAGUCUCAAAUCUUUUAAAUACUUAAAUACAAUAGAAAGUAAAUACCACUUUCAUAUCAUGUUUUAAAAUCAUAAUGAAUAAAUAUUCACGUUAAGCCUUGCACAAAGUCCACAGAGACAAAACUGCAAGACUGUUAGAGGUUGUAUUCCCAGCCCCUCAGUACUGUUCUGAAAGGAUUUCUGCAGUUUGUCCCCUAGGACAAAGCAAGGUAUGUACAGCAGAAGUUUCUUUGACCAAACAGCCUGCAAAUGUGUAUCAGGAAACAUUUUGAAAAGGAAAAAAACUAAUACAUUUGUAAACAUUCUUGAACUGUUUUGCUUCAAAUAUGAUUGAUUGUGAUCUUUUUCUUAUGUUACUUUGUAAUAUGUCAGAAAUAUUUGUGAAUAGUUGAAAUACUUUGUUCUUAUUUUAAAGUAAUCAGUAAAGGAGGCUGUUACUUGUUA